AUGGAUUAAUAGCAAUUUGAUUCUGAAUUACAAACCUAUUUUCUACAUAUUAAACAUGAAAUCAAAUAGGAACAUAUAGAAUAUUUGAAAAAGCAUCCAGAAUUAAAUCAAAUAUUAAAUGACUUUACAAGUUAGAUUAUUUUAGAAAAAGUAACUUUUUUAAUAUUAUUUCAGCCAGAUAAUGUUUAUCAAUAUGCUAAAGAAUAUUUCAGUUUCUUUAAUUAAGAAAAAGAUCUUAAAACUUGUAAACCAUUAAUUGUUUCUGGAGCUAGUGGAGUUGGAAAAGUAAUUAAAUUAUAAAUUGUUCUUAAUAGGGAACUUUAUUAUAGAUGCUUUUUAAAUAAUAUCCAUAAUAAUUUGUUUUUAGUGUUAGCUACACAACAAGAGCACCAAGACCAGGUGAAGUUCAUGGAUAACAUUAUUAUUUUGUAAGCAAAGAAGAAUUUUAAAAAGAAAUUGAAAAGAAAGCAUUUUUAGAAUAUUGUGAAGUGCAUGGUAAUUAUUAUGGAACUCAUUUGGCUCAAGUUUAAAAAGUUAUGAAACAAGGAUAAGUUUGUGUAAUUGAAAUAGAUGUAUAAGGUGCUGAAAAGAUUAGUAAAUCAAUGCCUAAUUAGUGUAAUUAUAUUUUUAUUAAUGCUCCUUCAACUGAAGAAUUGAGAAAGAGAUUGACUGGAAGAGGAACUGAAACAGAAGAAGUAAUUGAAAAAAGAAUGAAAAAUGCUGAAAAAGAAAUAGAAAAAGCUCAUUAACUAGGAUUUUAUAAUGAAUUAUUAAAUGAUGAUUUACAAAAAACAAUGAAGAAAUUGAUAGACCUUCUCAAAACAUUUUACACCGAUUUAAAAUUAUGA